UCACCACGUAGAAAGAGACAGCAAGAAGAGCGCCAGAGUUUAAUUGCAACACACAAAAAAAAAAAAAGAAGAAGAAGAAGAAGAAAAAAAACAGAAGCAUGUUAGUUGUCGCUGGCGUGUGUUGUGUGGGUUCGGAGUUUGAACUGCAAAUCUAGGAGUAGGAGGAGUAGUUCGUCAUCUUCAUCGUUUAAAAUUGUAAUCUAGGGUUCCAAUUCCGACCACACUUGCUCAUGAGUUCCAUCCUAUCAAGAAGCUUCUGUUACCGUUAUCCUCGUUUUCUUCGUCCAAUGUAAACAAGAAUCAAAAAACAAAAACAAGAAUCAGAGACAACGUAGAUGUACUCGAGCAAUUUGACGGGGUUUGUGUUGGCAGUGGUUUCCAGUGCUUUCAUUGGCUCCAGCUUCAUCAUCAAGAAAAAGGGUCUCCAACUCGCCAGAGUUAAUGGCCCUCGUGCCAGUGUUGGAGGCUAUGGUUAUUUGCUUCAGCCUCUCUGGUGGGUCGGAAUGAUUACCAUGAUUGUUGGAGAGAUAUCGAAUUUUAUAGCAUACAUUUACGCCCCUGCUGUGCUUGUGACUCCACUGGGUGCAUUAAGUAUUAUUGUUAGUGCUGUCUUAGCACAUUUCCUAUUGAAGGAGAAGCUGCAGAAAAUGGGCAUAUUGGGAUGUCUUCUAUGCAUUGUUGGAUCCACUGUUAUUGUAAUCCAUGCACCUGAAGAGAUGUCUCUUAGUUCUGUACAAGAAAUAUGGGAAUUGGCCACUCAACCUGCGUUCCUAUCGUACACGGCCUCAGCAAUGGCCGUAACAUUGGUCUUGGUUUUGUAUUGUGCUCCCCGCUAUGGCCAAACUAAUAUUUUGGUUUAUAUUGGAAUAUGCUCCAUAAUUGGUUCCUUGACUGUCAUGAGCAUAAAAGCAAUUGGAAUUGCUAUAAAACUUACAUUAGAUGGUGCAAACCAGUUUUUAUACUUUCAGACUUGGAUUUUUACAAUGGUUGCUAUCACCUGCGUCAUUGUCCAACUAAAUUACCUUAAUAUGGCAUUGGAUAAUUUUAACACCGCAGUUGUUUCUCCAAUCUAUUAUGCAUUGUUCACGGCUUUUACAAUAUUAGCCAGUGCAAUUAUGUUUAAGGACUAUUCUGGUCAAAGUAUAAGCAGUAUUGUAUCAGAGCUAUGUGGUUUCAUCACAGUUUUAUCUGGAACAACUGUUUUGCACAGUACAAGAGAGCCAGAUCCUCCAGUCAUUACAGAUUUAUAUACACCGUUGUCUCCAAGAGUAUCAUGGUAUAUCCAAGGCAACAGCGACCCCUGGAAACAGAAGGAGGAAGAUGUGUCUCCCUUGAAUUUAAUAGCAAUUAUACGGCAAGACCAUUUCAAGUGACACAGAAGGUUAAAACAUAGUAUUCGUACUUUUCAUAUUCCUUCAGCUUGUCUAUAUCCAACAACAGAAAUGUGCCUGCAUUAUGAUUCUAUCAUAUAGUGCAGGCAGAGAGGAGACAGUGCUUCCCUUUUUUUCAGAAUCCAGGUUCAUGUUGUUCACUGGUAGCUUGUGAAGUAAAGGUUUGAGUUGCUAUCACCUAAAAAUUAAAAUGGUCCUAUAGCCAUGGUACCGGGGUGUGGUUUUAUCAUCGUGUUUGCUUUUUUGUUUUUGUUUCUUUUUUUUAACCCUUUUUUAUUCCUUGCCCUGAUGUAUUUAUUAUUGGUUCUUCUUCCCACACCACCCUCUCUUUUUUAAUUAUUUAUUUAUUUCAGCAUUAUGUAUUUUUUUAACCCUCUUUUAUUUAUUUAUUUAUCAUCCAGUGUAAUUUUAAUUAUUUAAUUAGAACUUGAAAUUUUUUGGUA